UCUGUGUUAAUGGAGUCGUGUUUGCCGACCCCUCCACCAGGUGCCGCUCAUGACGUUCCACCCCAAGCCCGUGGUGUUCACGGUCAACGGGGACGGCAAGAAGGACCCGGCUGCCCCGCCGCCCUUCGACGGGCUGCCCUGGGGAUGGUGGCAGGCGAGGACCACGCUGCUCGCCGGCCUCUGCAAGGUGACGACGGCAUGGCACAUGGCCAUGGUCCUGUACGCCGCCAUGCCCUCGCCGUUCGGUGAGUUCCGCUGCCUCAAGUCUUCGAGUAACGCCAGCGCCGUCACCGGCAUGGACUGGCUCCUCUCGGACAAGUUCUGGGACUGGACCUGGGACCCCUGGGUGCCAUGUGACGAGGGGGAAGUCGUUGGUAAGGAAAACGAAACCACUGCUUUUGCGAUUGCAAGUAAUUUUAGCACACCGCUUGCUUGCAUAGGUUGUUUUGGAUUGUGGUGCAAAUGAUCGACGACGCCAGCU